AUGUUACUGACAGGAAGGAGCUGCCGCGCAUGCGCCGCUCACUGCGGCUUCGCUGGUGACGAUGGGCAGAAAAGAGAGAGACCGAAAGCGGGUGAAGCGGCGUCGGGCGGAGGAGGAGGAUGAGGAGGAGGAGGAACCGGGGGCCGAGUGUCCGGAGGUGGUGCCGUCAGCGGCGGGAAAACAGGUGGACGAGGCGGAGACGAAGUUGGACGAAUAUGGCGCCAAAGAUUAUAGGAGUCGCGUCAAUCUGAAGGACGACCACGACUCUCGGCCUCUCUGGGUGGCGCCGGACGGACAUAUUUUCCUCGAGGCUUUCUCUCCGGUGUACAAAUACGCUCAGGAUUUCCUGGUGGCGAUCGCAGAGCCCGUGUGCCGCCCCUCACACGCCCACGAGUACAAACUGACGGCCUAUUCGCUGUACGCGGCUGUGAGUGUGGGAUUGCAGACCAGCGAUAUCAUAGAGUAUCUGCAGAAACUCAGCAAAACCUCUAUUCCUGACGGGAUCUUACAGUUCAUUCAGCUCUGCACUGUCAGCUAUGGGAAGGUGAAGCUGGUGCUUAAACACAACAGGUACUUUGUGGAAAGCACGCAUCCGGAUGUCAUUCAGAAGCUGUUACAAGAAACAGUCAUAAGAGAUUGUCGUCUCCGAAGUGCUGAAGGUAUUGAACCUGAGCUCAUCUUGGGUACGGUCUCCAGUAAGUCAGCCAUGUCGAUGCCCAAAACUAGUCAGAGUGAUGGACCCUCCACCUCACAGGGCACUGACACGGCCUCAAAUAAACCAGAUGUCCCCGCAGACCUGCUUGAGUUUUAUGAACAAAUGGACAAGGAAGAGGAGGAGGAGGAGGAGAUGCAGACUGUGAGCUUUGAAGUAAAACAGGAAAUGAUUGAGGUUUUGCAGAAAUGUUGCAUCCAGCUGGAGUACCCCUUACUAGCAGAAUAUGAUUUCAGGAAUGAUAACGUCAACCCCGAUGUUAACAUCGAUCUGAAGCCAACUGCAGUGCUGCGGCCCUAUCAGGAGAAGAGUCUGCAGAAGAUGUUUGGUAAUGGGCGGGCCAGGUCUGGAGUCAUUGUACUUCCCUGUGGUGCUGGAAAGUCCUUGGUGGGGGUCACGGCUGCCUGUACGAUUCGGAAACGCUGUCUGGUCCUGUGCACCUCUGCUGUGUCAGUGGAGCAGUGGAAAUCCCAGUUCAAAAUGUGGUCAACCAUAGACGACAGCCAGAUCUGUCGUUUUACUUCAGAUGCUAAAGACAAACCUAUUGGUUGUUCAAUAGCCAUCAGUACCUACUCGAUGUUGGGACACACAACUAAACGUUCAUGGGAAGCGGAGCGAGUGAUGGAGUGGCUGAAGAGCCAGGAGUGGGGGCUAAUGCUGCUUGAUGAAGUACAUACAAUUCCAGCAAAAAUGUUCCGUCGAGUGCUGACAAUUGUGCAGGCACAUUGCAAACUCGGGCUGACAGCCACCUUGGUUAGAGAGGAUGACAAAAUUGUGGACUUGAAUUUUCUAAUUGGACCCAAACUCUUCGAAGCCAACUGGAUGGAACUACAGAAUAAUGGGUAUAUCGCGAAAGUCCAGUGUGCUGAGGUCUGGUGUCCCAUGUCCCCGGAGUUUUACCGGGAAUAUGUUGCUAUUAAGACUAAGAAGCGGAUGCUACUUUAUGUGAUGAACCCCAACAAAUUCCGUGCCUGUCAGUUUCUGAUCCGCUUCCAUGAGCGAAGAAAUGACAAGAUCAUUGUAUUUGCCGACAAUGUAUUUGCACUAAAGGAGUACGCCAUUCGGUUAAACAGACCUUACAUUUACGGUCCAACAUCACAAGGGGAAAGAAUGCAGAUUCUGCAGAACUUCACACACAAUCCCAAAAUAAACACCAUUUUCAUCUCAAAGGUGGGUGACACAUCUUUUGAUCUCCCUGAAGCCAAUGUGCUUAUACAGAUUUCAUCACAUGGUGGAUCUCGGCGGCAGGAAGCUCAACGGUUGGGGAGAGUCCUGCGAGCAAAGAAGGGCAUGAUCGCAGAAGAGUACAACGCCUUCUUCUAUUCUCUGGUGUCUCAGGAUACGCAAGAAAUGGCUUACUCGGCUAAAAGGCAGAGGUUCCUGGUGGCAGGAUACAGCUUUAAGGUAAUUACUAAGCUGGUGGGAAUGGACGAGGAAGAUUUGCAAUUCUCCACCAAAGAGGAACAGCAGCAGCUGCUACAGAAAGUGCUCGCGGCCUCAGACCUUGACGCAGAAGAGGAGGUGGUAGCAGGAGAGUUCGGCUCAAAGUUCCAAGUUUCUCGACGCUUGGGUGCAAUGAGCUCAAUAUCAGGAGCAGAUGACACCAUUUACAUGGAAUAUCAUGCUUCUCGCAACAAGCACCUGCCCAAAAACAUUCACCCUCUCUUCAAGCGCUUCAGGAAAUGAUUCAUAACCUGGAUAUCUGGCACAUGUGGAAAACCAUUGUUGUGCUAAAGAGGAUCCAAACCAGACUGUGUUCCAUGCAGCCCUCCACGUGGAAAUUUACAUGGUUAGAACACGAUGCACACACCUCUCCUUGGAGGAACGCAUCCUGCUUUCCCAUUCAGCAACAAGGAGACCCUGCUUAUCUUAUUCUCUUAGCCAUCCCAAGGAUAGUCAUUUGUUGGUUGUUUGAGCCUCAGAUAAAUGCAGAGAUUGGAAGCCAGUGGAGGUUGGUGAGGUGGUAACUACGUUCUAUGCAUUAGAUACCCAGGCAGGCUAUACUCAAAAGAGGGUCUGUCACAUUGAAGUUAAUGUCACCGCGUACAAUGUACCAGGAAACACUGAGACAACUUCAUGCAACUUGUUGAAUUUAAAGAAAUUUAAGAGAAUCAGUUCAAAGGAAAUUAUAAUUCUGUUCUUCACUUUGUUUAACCACAGCAGCUAAAAAUAACAAACAGCACAAAUUAUUGUGAAAUAAUUGAUUAUAAUAUCAAAAAGAUAUUCACAUAAUGAAGAAUCUGUAAAUACUUCAUAAUUUUGAGGUUGAUUUCCUGGAAAGGAAAGUGGCCAAAGCAGUUGUGUUGCUGGUAUCUGGAGGCGAAGGCCACCGCACGUGGUCUGAGGGGAAUAAAGUGAAAGAUUAGAUCUUGAA